CAGUUGAGUCCACAUAGCUCCUCUUUGUUCUUAAAUUUCGGUUUCGAAGUCCCUAUUAUCACACUACGAUGGGUAGGGAGAACAAAGAAUCCUGGAAAGCCGGUUAUUUCGUUAAAGUCGUGCAACUGCUCGACGAAUACCCGAAAUGUUUCAUCGUCGGUGCCGACAAUGUUGGUUCCCGGCAGAUGCAAACAAUUCGUAUGUCGCUCCGCGGCUCGGCCGUUGUGCUGAUGGGUAAGAAUACCAUGAUGCGCAAGGCCAUCCGUGGACAUCUGGAGAACAACCAGAACCUGGAAAAGUUGCUCAACCACAUCAAGGGCAACGUUGGCUUCGUGUUCACCAAGGGUGAUCUGGCCGAGGUCCGUGACAAGCUGACCGAGAGCAAGGUGCGUGCUCCAGCUCGUGCCGGUGCUAUCGCUCCGCUGCACGUCGUCAUUCCGGCCCAGAACACUGGUCUCGGUCCGGAGAAGACCUCCUUCUUCCAGGCACUGUCGAUCCCGACCAAGAUUUCCAAGGGAACGAUUGAAAUCAUCAACGAUGUGCCCAUCCUGAAGCCUGGAGAUAAGGUCGGCGCUUCGGAAGCUACGCUUCUGAACAUGCUGAACAUUUCGCCGUUCUCGUACGGCCUGCAGAUCCAGCAGGUGUACGAUUCCGGUUCGAUCUUCUCGCCGGACAUCCUUGACAUCAAGCCGGAGGAUUUGCGCGCCAAGUUCCAGGCUGGAGUCGCCAAUCUGGCCGCGGUGUCGCUCCAGAUCGGAUAUCCGACGCUUGCUUCGGUCCCGCACAGCAUUGCCAACGGUUUCCGCAACCUCCUGGCCAUCGCUGCCGUUACCGAGGUUGAGUUCAAGGAAGCUGAAACGGUCAAGGAGUUCAUCAAGGAUCCGAGCAAGUUUGCCGCUGUUAGCGCUGCUGCCGCUCCUGCUGCUGCUUCGGCCGCCCCAGCUGCCAAGGUCGAGGAGAAGAAGGAAGAGUCCGAAUCCGAGGAUGAUGAUAUGGGCUUCGGUCUGUUCGAUUAAUUUCGUCCGAUCCGCUCUCCAAAAACCCCAUAUGACACAACGCCGGGCACCAUCAACAUCUUUGCCAGUAUUGGUCAUUGGGGGAGUAAUGGUUGUUUUUCAUCGUGGUUUCUGAGCUAUAUCUAAUUUGGCACGGACCUGCUCGCUGCCGUAUAUACUCGCCAAGGCUGGGGACGGCCCUAUGGUGACAUACGGCGAAUGAUGUACGUACCAAAAUACGUAUUUUUCUUGAAACCCUGUUCAGAUGAGAA